GACACAACAGGUCCAGUAUUUAUUACUCUCCAGCCAGACUCACUACUCAGGUUUCCAAAGCAGCGAUGGCAGCAGUACCUGAACUUGCCAGUGAAAUGGUUUACUACAGUGGCAAUGAGAAUGACAUGCUCUUCGAGGUUGAUGGUCCCAAACAGAUGCAGUGCUGCUUUCAAGACCUGGACCUCAGCUCUCAGGGAGAUGAUAACAUCCAGCUGCAAAUCUCCCACCAGCUUUACAAAAAGAAAUUCAGGCAGGUCGUGUCAAUUAUCGUGACUGUGGAGAAGCUGAGACACAUGCUUGUUCCUGACUCACAGUUCUCACAGAAUGAUGACCUAAAGAGUCUCUUUCAUAUCAUCUUUGAAGAAGAACCCAUCAUCUGUGACACAUGGGAUGAUGAUCAUUAUGUGUAUGAUGCCCCCCCAAAAAUUAUCAACUGCCGAAUCCAGGACAGGGACCAGAAAUGCCUGGUGCUGUCUGGCUCACAUCAGCUGUAUGCUCUCCACCUCAGGCGAGAUGCUCUGGACCAACAAGUGGUGUUCUCCAUGAGCAAUGUGCAAGGAGAAGAAUCUGGAGAAAAGAUCCCUGUGGCGUUGGGGCUCAAGGAUAAGAAUCUGUACCUGUCUUGUAUUAUGAAAGAUGAGAAGCCUACUCUGCAUUUGGAGGUGGUUGACCCCAAGAUUUACCCAAAGAAGAAAAUGGAGAAACGGUUUAUCUUUAACAAGACAGAAGUCAAGGGCGUUUUUGAAUUUGAGUCUGCCCAGUUCCCAAGCUGGUACAUCAGCACCUCUCAAGCAGAAGAAAAGCCUGUCUUCCUAGCAAAUAUCAGAGGUGGCCAGGAUAUAACCAACUUCUCCAUAGAAAUCCUCUCCCCCUAGAGAGAGCAACACCCAGAGAGUCCACAUUUGAAGGAAAAGAACCGGCGUGGGACUACUAGAAGGGGAACAGAAAGAUUUUUUUAAUAAGACUUUAGGCUGGACUUCACUAGCCUUGUAUUAGUUUUAAGGAGAAGCAACCCUUUCCUCCAGGGCAAGUCCUCAGAUUUCCUCUGCUAAAUCUGCUCUCUUACCUCUCCUACUCAUCCAAAAUUGGCUGGCAGAAAUCAUUGCAUGUUAGCUGUAAAGAAACCCCUCUGUCCUUUGUUCUAUUUGCUGAUAAUCAGCCACUUGACUAUUUAUUUAUUUAUUUAUUCUAAUGGGUUAUUUAAUCUAAUUCAAGGGGGUAAAGAAUCAGCAGUGCCUGUGAAAGAGCUCAGUCUUCAAUAUCUAUGGGAUCAAUUCAAUUUGGAUUGUGUCAAGUUUCUUCACUGAGACUAAAAAUAAACAAACAUAGAUUAUUUAAGUAGGAGUAGUUACAGAGGAGGAAGUGUGAUGAUAUUGCUUCACUGGUGAUGAAAUAAAUUUCACUGAGAAAAAACUGCCUAGUAAUUGAC